CUCGUUUGAUUCGCUAGAUUUCCUGAAGUUGGAAAUCUAUCCUGGAGAAAAAAGUAGAAGUGUAGAUAAAUUCAAAAGAUGCAACUGUAAGUGGUUUCGGUGAGGGUGCUGGUGUGGCUGAUGUGAGUCGUCAAACAAACAAGGAAGCCCUUUGUAUUGGGACUUCGGAUAAGCCAGAUGAUUGGAUCAAAGAUGAACUCUAGUAAUGCACUUCUAGGAUUCAACUCAUAAGAGAAAAAUGGGUUUCCAAUUAUCAUCUCUCCUCCACGAACUCACACAACCUCGUCAAACUCUUUCCGUAUCGAAACAGUUACAUGCCUUGAUCGUCAGACUAAAUCUUUCGUCUGAUCCAUUUUUUGCAACAAAAAUAACCCGAUUAUAUUCCAUUAAUCAUGAUCUUCAUUCCGCCCGUAAGCUGUUCGAUGAAACUCCUGACAGAAGUGUUUAUCUCUGGAAUUCCAUGAUCAGAGCUUACGCUCAACAACACAAAUUCAAGGAUGCUUUCUAUCUCUUCACACAUAUGCGCUGCUCAGGUACACCACCCGAUAAUUACACUUAUGCGUGCAUCAUACGUGCGUGUACUGAGAGAACGGAUUCUUUCGGAUUGAGAAUUGCUCAUGGUGGAGUUAUUGUGUCAGGUUUAGAGUUUGAUUCGGUCACGAGUAGUGCACUGGUUAGUGGUUAUUCGAAACUAGGACUCGUUGAUAUAGCUCACACGGUAUUCGAUGGAAUAUGCCAGCCGGAUUUAGUUCUUUGGAAUUCCAUGAUUGCAGGUUAUGGGUAUGGGAGGCCUUGGUGUGAAAGCUUAAAAUUGUUUAGUAAGAUGAGGAAAAUGGGAAAAGACCCAGAUGGGUAUACUUUUGUUGGAUUAAUUUCGGGUGUUAAUGAUCCACGAUUAUUAGGAGUCUGUCAGGGAAUUCAUUGUUUAUGUUUGAAAAAUGGGUUGGAUUCAAAUUCUCAUGUAGCAUCUUCGAUUGUGAGUAUGUAUUCCAGGUGCAACUGCUUGGAUUCAGCUUAUAAAACCUUUAGCGGCUUACCGGAUCCUGAUAUAGUUCAAUGGUCAUCUUUGAUUACUGGACUUUCUCAAACCGGUAACUCGGAAGAAGCAUUGUUUUUAUUCAGAGAAAUGAUUCUGGAAGGUGAAAGAGCCGAUCCUACUUUAAUUGCUAGUGUGUUGGGAGAUUGCUCUAAGUUGGCGAUGGUUGAACCUGGUAGACAAAUCCAUAGUUUUGUUUUUCGCCAUGGGUUUGAAUCCGAUGUUAAAGUUGCAUCUUCACUCAUUGAUAUGUACACAAAAUGUGGGGCUCCCAAGUUGAGUGUUAGAGUUUUUGAGAUAAUGCACGACAGGAACGUUGUCACAUAUAACUCUAUAAUUUCAGGUCUUGGUUCAAAUGGACUAAUUUCAGAAGCUUUUUUAGUGUUUCAAGAGAUGGUGGAAAAAGGAUUCAAACCUGAUGUUUCAACCUUUUCAGCUCUUCUUAGUAAUUGCAGUCAUGGGGGAUUGGUUAGGGAUGGCAGGGAGAUUUUUCGAAGAAUGGAAGAAGAUUUCGGUGUCACACCUAGAAUUGAACACUAUGUAUAUAUGGUGAAGCUCUUAGGGUUGGCUGGAGAACUGCAAGAGGCUUAUGAUUUGAUUAAGAAAAUGAAAGUGCCAUCUGAUUCAGGAGUUCUGGGUGCUUUAUUAUCGUGUUGUGUAGUCCAUGGGAAUUCAGAAUUUGGCAGAAUUAUAGCUGAUAUGCUUUCAGAAAUUGAUCCCAACAAAACUGCAUAUAGAGUUAUGCUUUCUAACAUAUAUGCUGCAAAUGAGAAAUGGGAUGAAGUGAAGAAAGUGAGGGAUGAAAUUUCUGUUUCUGGUUUGAGAAAAACACCAGGAAUUAGCUGUAUUUGAGUUUUGAGAUAAUCUUCAGUUCAGCAAACACAUUAUGGACCAAGAUGCAAUUGUUUGCAACUAGUGUUCAUCGAUUCAACAAAGAAGUCAAUUCCAGCUGCUUAAACCAUAGGAUAGGAGCUCAGUGUCAAUUUGCUCAGACCAUUGUUGUUGUUGUUGCUGUGGGCGUAAGGGAGGUUCCUCUAUCGAGUUUCAGACCGAGCAAAGCAGAAAGUCAAGCAGAGGAAGUAGUGCCUGCAACUAUGGGACCCUCGUUCUUACACCUCACACAAACUGCAUCUUUAAAGUCUCUCUCAGCUAUGAAUUACAACUCCCAAGGUUCCUUUCCUCAUCUCCCAUUGCUGAACUGCAUAAAUUUUGCACUGUGGGUGGUCAUGCCUGGUGUGCCUGGUCCUAUCCAGCGUCAAGAUCUUGAUAAGGUUGCCAAGACGUAUGGCAAGACCAACCAUUUUUGGCAGGUUGACAAAGGUGAUGCAUUUCCUCUUGGGCUGCCUCAAAUCAUGAUGGCCCUCACUAGAGACGGUCAGCUCCAAGACAAUCUUGCUAAAGAUGUGGAGAAACGGUUCAAUGUAUCAUUUGAUGCUGAAAGAGAGAACAGAGCCUACAUGAAGGGAUCUGAGCAUGGAAUACAUCAUCUGGCGAAUGGUGGAGGGAAAGGGAUUAAGACUGUGUUGAGGGAGACUGAUUGCAAGCCUGUGGAAUCUGUGCCCAGGGUUUUCGUCUGAAGUGUCUACUUAAGUUUUUCUCCUGCUGCUGUUGCUCAUAAAUAUGUAGUAGCUGUAGAGUUGUUAUUUCGUCUUGCAGACUAGGUAAAUAGUUUUUGUUUGUACCCAUUCUGUAAACAGUGUGACUAGGAACAGGUCUAUUUACAACUAGAUACGCAUUAUAUCUUACACUGAUUGCUCAAAUAUUUAACAACAUUUUUCAUUACAUAGCCUUGACAUAACCACAUUUUAUUGUC